CAGGCAGUGCAUCCAGGUUUCUCUCUCUUUCUAGUGGUGAUUUCCCUGUUAAAGAAAAGUGAGAGACAGUGUGUGAGUGAGUGAGAGAAAGAGAGAGAGGGAGGGAGGGAGAGAGGAGGUUAGAGAGACAGUAGGACAGAGGGAGGAGAGAAUAGCGCUCAGACAAUCGGUGUGUGAGAGAGGUAAAAGCAGGAGAGAAGAGUUGGCUGGGAAACAAUAGUUGAACAACAAAUCCAGUGUUGCGUGCAGGAUCUCAGCCUCUCUCUGGAUCCCUCUGCUGUCUUUCUGCUGCUGGCUGCUGAAGACUGUGGCGGAUCCAGACAGAGGGGGAUGGAGCAGCCUGAGGAAGCAGCUAUCCUGCUACCAUCCUCCCUACAGCUCACUGACCUUGAACCUCCACUGUACUAGCAAUAACAAUACAGAGAAAAAGACAUCUCAUUUUAACUCUGCGAGACCCUGAAAUCCAACUUGGGUGAAACAAAAAGAGAAAUAGAAGGAAACACAGAGAGUAACAGAGACAAGGUGACGUGUUGGACAUCCAGUGUGGAUCAAGGGCCUCGGGUGGUCUUAUCAUGAAACCUUCAAUCUCUGUGGGCAACCCUUCUGGCCUGUUGUUGGUCCUGAUGUGCUGCCCUCUGCUGGGCUCGAUCCAGUCUGCCAGCAGUAACAAGGCCAGUGACAAUGGACACCCACACCUAGGAGAUAGUGAUCCAGAGCGAUGCAUGAGGCACCACUUUGUGGAGACCAUCACACACCCCAUUUAUAAGUGCAACUCCAAGAUGGUGUUGCUGGCACGCUGUGAGGGUCACUGCAGCCACACGACCCGUUCCGAUCCCCUCAUCUCCUUCAGCUCUGUGCUCAAACAGCCCUUCAAGAGCACCUGCUCCUGCUGCCGGCCGCACACCUCCAAACUGAAGGCGGUGAGGCUGCGCUGCGCUGGUGGGACUCGCAUUACAGCCACUUACAGAUACAUCCUAGCCUGCAAAUGUGAGGAGUGCAGCUGAGCAGGGCGCAGCACCCUCCCAAACCCUCAGGACUCACAAGACCCAGGAUUCUCUUGGCCUUGGGCCUGACUCUAAAGAUAUCCAGAGCAUUUCGGUUGAUUAUUAGAUUCGAUUGUAGGACAGUGGCUCAAGAUGCUUGUUGUUAUCUUGGGAGUGAUAGUUUGGAGCAAUCAUUCACCUCACAUAGGCCCUACAAUUGGCCUGUAGCCCUUGAGACUCUACCCUCUCCAUUAUGUGUAUUUAAUCAGUACAAACUACACAAGGCAUAUUUCUCCAGCACACAAGGCCAGACACCACAAACUGCUGCUCCCUAUGGGCCGGAUGGAGACCCUCCACACCGUGGAUUUACAGGCCUCCGUAAUUCAUAACACACAUGCUCACAAACCACAGUAUGAGAACCCAUUACAAAUAUCUGUAACAGCUUUCUGCCAGCUCCAUGAAAACCCCACCAUUCAUCUGACAACAAAACAACAUGCCUCAUGAAAAAGCAGCAUGGGAAAGGAUGAGGCUCGAUGAGAACAAGAACGACAACAUGUGGUGGAUCUAUAGACAAGCACCUGCACCGUGCUUAUUCACCCAAUAAUAUUUUACACACUCCCUGCAGACUUUCAUCUUGCUGUGUAAAACAUGAGUGGUGCUGACAGGAGGGCUCAUCAGGUGAACAAUAACAGAGGAGUAAGGAGCUCUGACGGGGAAGGAAGAUAAAGGUUGAGCCAGUGCCUGAGUGGUGGUGUGGACUGUCACUAGACUGUGAAGGUUAGCAGUGUUCAUCACCUCCACCACAGAGGUCGCUGCUCUUUAUUUGUUUGUUUGUCUGGCAGUAGGAUCACAAAUAAAAAUACUGGCUGUUUUCAUGAAACUCAGUGGAAGGAAGGGUGUAACAUGGGCCGAGGUAGAACACAUGAAAUAUUGGAGUGGCUCUGAAUCGCAGGGCGGAUACGCAAAUUAUUUUCCUUUUUUUUUAGUAUUGAUGAUCAGCUGUGAUACAGACAUAUAUAAUGGUUGUGUUUGCAGAUGAUAGAAGACUGGACUUUUGGCCUUAGCAGAGGUCUGUGCUCUCUGAGUGCCUUUCUAGUUUGAACUGUAAUCUAUUCUAUUUGAAUCUUUGUGACCUUCCUGUCAACAUUAUUGAAACUGUAGCUUCUAUCACGCCAGAUUUAUGAAAGUGUCGCUUUUGCCUGUCAUAUAUUAUUACUAAUGACAUAUCCAAUGUUCUGACUCUUGUUGAAAUAGUGCUAUGGUUGCUCUGCAUAUGUCUGUAAUGUCUGCAGACAUUUUCACUCUCAUAGUCAUGCGGUGUGUGUGCCAGGCUCUAAAAUAUUAUUGUCCAUUAGUGUUUGUGGUCAGCUUAUCUGAAUUUAAAAAACACAGUUCUGUUGUACCAAUAGUGGUUUCUUCAUCAUAAAAAUUCAAAUUUUAUGACACCACAAACAUUUCAAUGCAUACAGCAUUGAUGCAAUUAGAACAAACUAAUGAGAGGUUUUAUGGAGGCAACAAUAAGUUUGAUUUAAUAAGCCAGUGCUUAUUCAACCUUUCAGAGGCACCACCCCCCAGAAUAAUCAGGUUGGUGUUUGUGACCCACCCCCACCCCUCCACCCCCUUCAGUCUGCCUGAGGCAGGGAUUAACAUGAGUUAGUUACCAUUCUUCUGUUACAGAGGUAACUGGGCCUGUUAACAUGUAUAAAAACAGAGUACAUCGUCUAUAGUGUUUCCAGUUCUUGUCCCCUGUGCUGAAUGUUAUUAAAGGGUUAACAUCGCUGACGGCUGCUUCCUGUC